AUGUACGACCAACUCUCCUGUGUGUUGGGCUGCUGUAUCAACCAGGACGGAAGGAGUGCUAGCAUGACCGCGCCAAACGGUCCGUCUCAGCAAGCCUGCAUCCUCCAAUCUAUGAGAGAGGCUGGAAACAAGGCCAGGGAUAUCAACCUCGCGGAAUGCCACGGCACAGGUACCGCACUGGGCGAUCCAAUUGAAGUUGGUGCAUUAAAGAAUGUCAUGGAGCCGCGCGACACCACUUUGGCACUGACAAGCUCCAAGUCAAAUAUUGGGCACUUGGAAGGCAGUGCCGGCAUUGCGGGCUUCCUGAAAUGUGUAUCAAUGUUGAUGGCAGGGACAUGCCCCCCAAAUGCCCACUGCUACCAGCUCAACCCGCAUUUGCAGGUGAAAGGCUUUCCCUGUUUCUUCGAUACCGAGGCAGUUGACAGUGGUCUCAACAGUGCACUUACCGGUGUGUCCUCCUUUGGGUUUGGAGGAACAAACGGACGAUGCGACAUUUGGGGGGCGGCAAGGUUUGGCCCAAACAAGUGCGGGAAAGUGCUGGAGGCAGAAGUGGAUCAGAUCUACACUUUGUGUCCAAUCACAUUGGGCAAGAUCGACUAUUUGACUGGAGAACCCCUCUCGCGGCGGCUGGCCGCAUCAUACAGGGGGAAGAGGAAGGCAGAUGUGCUUAGAGACGAGCUCGCUCGGUAUGAUGUUUCCAGGUAUGCUUAUGACGGCGGCUUCCGAUAUCGCCAGAACGAGAUUCCGGACAAAGAUGAGGACUUCCCGUCGGACAGCAGUAUGUUCAUUUGCGGUUCGUGGAAUGGCUUCACCAUGGAGGAAAUGGAUCGGAAUGGUGCCAACACGUUUUCAAGCAUCAUUGUCUUGGGUCCAGAGAGGUAUGAUCUUUUUGAGCUUUACAUUGACAAGAAUCAGGAGUAUUGCUUUUUCCCAGCGGCAGAUCGGGCAGGGCAGGUGAUUGCAGUGGAGGGCCCUGCUGAAAACAAGGAGCGAAAGAGGUGGAUCAUCGAUGGUCGAGACAGCGGUAUGCCUGCCGGGACGGAUGCUCUGGCAUGUUAUCCUGAAGCAUAUAUGUGA